UAAACCUACCGCUCAAUAUGAUAAGUAGUGCUACCGUUGUCUCGAUACCAGGGGAUUGGGUAACUAUGGCUUUCAAUAAUCUUUGAUCCUCCUCUUAUAUUUCCUACCCAUGGAAUCAUACAGAGGUGAAAUCAUAACUCUUCAAGCGGGUCCUUUAGCUAACCGAGUCUGUGCUCAUUUUUGGAACUUGCAAGAAUAUGGAUUUUUCAAUAAAUCAGGAACUAACGAAUGUGAGUUUCCUUUCACGUAUAAAGUUCUGUUUGAUGAUAGUACACGCGAACCAAAACCACAUGUGUUAGCCAUUGAUAUACGCGAAGUUGUUGAUUUCGGAAGUGAACUUGAUCCUGAUUUAAUCCCUACUCCACUCGAUAUUCCUUCUUGGAACAGUCAAGUGGAUAAAGUUGUGCGUUGCCCAUCUACAUCGACCAAAAAUCAAUAUCAUUGUAAUUGGACCAACUGUUUGUCUCCUCUUGCUCGACGAAUAUGGUCUCGUAAUGAUACUGUUCUAAAACUGCCAUUAGCAUUACAACCUACUCCUGACGAGUCUUCUGUUAAUGGAAUUCAUCAAUCAGAUUCUGUCUUUAGCCUUUCUUCAUUUACUGAGGGACAAAAUGUAUUUCGUUCUGGAGGCAAGGUAGCCGACGAAUGUGAUGAUCAUAUUCGUCGUAUUUCGGAGCGUUGUUCUUUUCCAAACAGCUUUCAACUGGUUGUAGAUGCUGAAGAUGGCUUCACUGGUAUUGGAUCCCAGCUUUUAGAAAAUAUCAGCGAAGAAUUUCCAAAGGCGUUCAUUUUUUCGGUUCCUGUUUAUAAUUCAUCAGUUGUAUCACGAAUGGAUGCACGUUUGAAGAAGCUGGCAGUUGUAAAUCAAUUGUGCUUACUAAAUAUAUUGGAAUAUGGGGAUCUUCUAAGUCAUGCAUGUUGGUUACCUAUAGAUGCAUCACAGUUAUAUGAUCAUCCUCAUCCCUGUAAAAAAUUGAGUGUCUUAGCCUCUGUUAUUGAUACAGUUACAACCCCUUCAAAGUUGGCAAUUGAAUAUGGUGGUAUGAGUCUAGAUGACUUUUUGUCUGUGACAUGUUUUGCACAAGGUAGAAAGAUGCUCACUGUACAAACUGGAGUUAACUGUAAUGGAAUGGUAGAUAAUCAUUUAUCAUGGUAUAAUCUUAAUCCUUAUUACAAUCAAGGAAAAAUAAUAGCUGGUAAUAAUGUACCAUCUGAAGCUGUAUUAUGUCGUCAGUUAAUGUCUCGAGGAAUUAAACAUUCUACUCUUUUAAAUGAUAUAUGGAAUAUGUUCAGUCGAACAGUCGAUUCACAUAAAACUGUUAACAAUUCACCAAUUGACAUAGAUAUUCCAUAUUUAUGCUCAUUAGAAUCAAUUCAUUCAGUUUAUUCAUUACCGAACUAUCCAUUACAAACUGGUAUUAUUAAACAAACUAUGUUAUCAUCAUCGUCAACGUAUUGUCAACAGUAUACAAAUACACAUAUGUCAUGCGUUGUUGAUGUUCCAAGUACAAGUUCAUAUGAAGCAAAAAUGUUAGAAAAGCUUGUAAAAUCUUUAUUAUUGCAUAAAUCUCAUCCACUAGACAAUUAUAUGGAAUUGGAGACAUGGAAUAAUUUUUUAGAGUCUAUUCAAACACGUUUAGUUGAUUCGUAUUUGAAUGAAUGAAAUUAACUUCUAUAACGUUUGUAUAAAGGAAAUUAUAUAUUUCAAAGAUUUUUAGAUUUCUGCAUUUAAUUCCUUUUGUAUAUUAUUUUCUCUGUAUCACUUAGCUUUGAUUUGUAUGUUGGCAUUUAAAAAUCAGUGUUACAUUCUGUUCCGUUGAGUAUUGAUUUAUCAUAAAUGAUAUUCUAGUCCUGCUUUUUAUUUAUUGUAAAGCAUCUCACUAUUUAGUGAUCAUCAAUUUGUAGGUGUUUCUUUGUCGUUGAUUCAAUGAACUGUGCUGGCGGUUUUAACAUUCUUUGUAUUUUCAUAGCGUACUAACUAUUUGCUGUUUUACAAUAAGACCAAUCAUGUGUUAAUUCUUGUAAUAUCACUUUUUCAUUAUUCUACAGAACUGAAAGAAUGUAAUUGAUUGAGUAUAAUAGUUAUCUUUAAUUAAUAUUGGCCAAAGAAUAGUCCAAGAUCGGGAAUUA